AUGAACACGCUAAUUGACGACAAGACCAAGCAUACAGUCCAGCAGAUUCCACUACUGACAAUACGUGCAGGACCGCGUGAUGGCGACAAUUGGACAAAACGUUUAAAAGAAGAAUAUCUUGCACUGAUUCAGUAUGUGAAAAUGAAUAAAGAAAUGGAUAACGACUGGUUUACCAUUGAAAGUAACAAAUCUGGAACACGCUGGACGGGUAAAUGCUGGUCCUUUUACAAUGGACUUCGCUAUGAAUUUGAUCUGGAAUUUGAAAUCCCAGCGACGUAUCCAGUAGCAAAUCCAGAACUUUGUCUUCCAGAGCUUGAAGGGAAGACGUCCAAGAUGUAUCGAGGAGGUAAAAUAUGCCUUACGAUCCACUUUGCGCCGCUCUGGCAGAAAAAUGUUCCACGUUUUGGUGUGGCUCAUGCUCUUGCACUUGGUCUGGCUCCGUGGCUUGCUGCAGAAGUACCGGAUCUUGUCGAGCGUGGAGUUAUUACCUCCGAUUUCGAGGAUCUAGACGACUGGGUGGUUGCUUGGUGA